GCGUGAAGUGAUAUGAAUAAAUUUACUGUUGUGUAUAAACACUUUUGACUUGAACAUUAGAUCACUUAAGGAUAAAUUAUCUAUUAUCUGUAGAAGUACAUACAACUAUAUGCACAGAGACAACAAAGAUUAUUCAGGAUGGCAUUACAUUUAACAAAAGAAACUGAUACCAGUUUGAGUGAAAUAGAAUACAAAAGAUUUCUGGACCAAGGGAUUCCAGCUACAAUAUGCCUUAGUUUCUUGUGUAUCGUAGGAACAAUUGGAAAUAUACACAUGAUAUUAAUAUUCAAGAUAUCGCCGGUCAUGGCAAAAUAUUCGAUUCGAGUUUUCAUCAUUUGGCUUUCAUUAACUGAUCUUAUAGCAUGUUUGUUUUGUAUGCCAUUAGAGAUUUAUAAUAUUCGAUACAGCUACACCACAUCUAUCAGUGGUUGCAAAUUCUUCAUUUUUCUUUUUCAUGUGGUUGCCUUGGCCUCAAGUGGAUUUUGGACUACGAUUGCUGUUGAAAGAUAUAGAAUUAUUGUAAAAAAAGUGCCAAUGUUCUUAAACUCUCAGAGGUCGAAUAAUGUCAUAUCUGCUGUCCUGGUAGGAGUAUCUGUGGCAUUGUCAAUUCCUGUCGUAAUAUUUUUUGGUCCAAACGAAAUAAAAACAGUUUUCCCUGGUCUCACCGGAAAGGAUUGCACUGUUUUAUCCCAGAAUGUAAAUAUACAUAAUGCAGGAAUUUACUACAUCAUAAUACUUAGUACUCUUUGUUCAGUUUUCGCCGUUGUGUGCAUCGUAUCAUACGGACGAGUACUGUGGGACAUUUGUAAUGGGAUAAAAAUUAGGAAAUCAUUAAGAGGAAAUUCAAAUUCGUCUUUCAAUUCACCUACGCAUAUAAGAUUCGGGAAUACCCAUGUAAACUCAUCUAUUCAAAAUGAGGAGAUACUAACAAUUCACGUACCAGCCGAAAAGGGUCACAGGACGAACGCAUCGUACAAUCUUGAAAACUCACUUCGACUUACAGUCAGUCUCAUGAUAGCAACCACUGUUUCGUAUAUAGCAUAUAUGUUGUUUGUUUGCAUGAUAAUGAUAAAACUGCUGAAUCCUAAGUUAUAUAAAACCACUAUCCAACCGGUAACAGCUAUCCUUCUGCGUGGAUAUUUUGGUAGCAAUACGUCAAAUGCUUUCGUAUUUUGCCUUUUUGAUAGAACUUUUCGACAGGAAUGUUUGAAAUUGUAUUGGAAAAUAUGGUCUAAAAUCAUUUCUCGACGGCUUGAAACUGUUUGAGUUUUCUAUCUAAAACGACUUAUAUCAUACAGUGAACUCUGCAUAAAAUUUUUUGAGGAACUGAGAUAUUACUGCAAAUUUAAUGCACACGCAUAGUACUUGCAUGUUAGGCUUUACUUUAUUUUGCUUGACAACCAUUUAUAAAAUUGCAAUAUGAUUAUAAGUAAAAAAAAAUAUAAAUAGUUUGAAAGACUAUCAAAUGGUAUAAAAGUGAAAGGAAUUGUACAAUGUGUGUUUGUUCAAUACUUGAUAAAGCUCUUUAGUUUUCUAUGAUGUGUUUUGUAAACUGUUGUUUGUCUUUUCGUAGUUUUUCGUUUCUUGCCAUGGCGUUGUCAGUUUGUCUUUGACUGAUACGUUUGAAUGUCCCUUCGAUAUCUUCCGCCUGUCUUUGAUAAAUGAUAGGUAACUGAUGACCUGUUUAAGCUGAAAUUCGUAUAUUCGUUUUGCAUAGGUAUGAAUAAUUCAUUGGAAAAAGGAACAAUCAGUUUAGCUCUGCUUCAAAUCACUGAGUGCUUGGUAUCCAACGUGAUUUAGCUUUUACAUUAAAACGUCUUUUUGUUAUAGUACAGGCGCGUUCAGCUAUCAUCAAAUCUUUGAUAUCAUAAAACUAUGUUUCUCUUGCAUAAAGUAAAAUCACAAAAAUACUGAACUCCGAGGAAAAUUCAAAAAGGAAAGUCCCUAAUCAAAUGGCUAAAUCAAAAGCUCAAACACAUCAAACGAAUGGAUAACAACUGUCAUAUUCCUGACUUGGUACAGGCAUUUUCUUAUGUAGAAAAUGGUGGAUUGAACUGGUUUUAUAGCUAGCUAAACCUCUCACUUGUAUGAAAGUUGCAUCAAAUUCCAUUAAAUUGACAACGAUGCGUGAACAAAACAAACAGACACAAUAGGUAAAAAUGUCAAAAAUAGGGGUACAACAGUCAACAUUGUAUUAUCAUCUUAAUCACUAUAAAAAUAAACAAAUGUAACAAAGAAGCACAACAAACUUACAUCAAAUUUAACAUCCUCAUUUUGCUUUUUAUCAUACAAUUUUAUUAUCUAUGUAAAAUCCACCCAUUAAGGAUGGAAGGUUUUGAUAUGACAACACGUAUAUAAAACAAUGUUAAGUUAA